CAUUACACACAACGACUCAAAAUUGAAAACACCUGUUGCUAAUGCUGUGACCACAUGUAUAAAAGCAAGUUCAGAGUGCACAGUUUGCUGAAGAUUCCAAACAAACACAAUGGAUGAAGGCAGAGUCAGGGGAAGAGGUAAUCGCGUCAGAGGAGGGAGAAGAGCUGGCCAAGGAGGAAGAGGAGCAGGCCAUGGUGGAAGAGGAGCAGGCCAUGGUGGAAGAGGAGCAGGCCAUGGUGGAAGAGGAGCAGGCCAUGGUGGAAGAGGAGCAGGCCAACAAGGGAGAGAAGGUCCAGGAGGGAUAGCAAGACAACCUUGUACCAUCAUUACGGACGAGAUGCGAGCAACAGUCAUUGACCAUGUCAUUGUCCAUGGCAUGACAAUGGCUGAAGCAGGACUAAGAGUCCGUCCAAACCUGAGUAGGUUCACCGUGGCCACCAUUAUCAGGGCAUUCAGACAACACAACAGAGUUGAAAGAAUGCCACAUAGAGGUGGGCGGGUUGCCAUAUUUACUGCGGCACAAAAAACCGCCAUUGUGGAUAUGGUUCGUGAGAACAACCUCAUCAGACUCCGGGAGAUCAGAGACAAAGUCAUUGACGAUAAUGUGAACUUUGAGGGCAUUGAUGAUGUCAGCUUGGCCACAAUAGACCGAGUUCUCCGGCGCCAAAAGAUGCGGAUGAAACAAGUCUAUAGGGUUCCCUUUGAGCGAAACUCUGCACGACACAAAGACCUGCGUUACGAGUAUGUGCAAAGGAUAUUACAGUUGGACGCGAUGGCCAGACCUCAUGAGUACCUCUUCCUGGAUGAGGCUGGCUUCAACCUGCACAAACGAAGGCAAAGAGGCCGUAUUAUCAUUGGCCAAAGAGCCAUCACUGAGGUUUCUGGCCAAUGGGGGGGUAAUAUUACUCUUUGUGCGGCUAUGGGUUUGGAGGGGCUUGUCCACCGGCAGGCUGUCCUUGGGUCUUACAACACCCAACGUCUCCUAACCUUCCUAGGGGAGCUAAAAGAUAUCCUCCUGGACCGCCAACAACACCAUCCUGGGCCCGAACAUCCCAUUUAUGUGAUCAUUUGGGACAAUGUACGCUUCCACACAACAAACCAAAUCAGUGAGUGGUUCACCACCAACAGUAACCACUUUUUAAACAUCUGUCUGCCACCCUACUCCCCUUUCCUGAACCCUAUAGAGGAGUUCUUCUCAUCGUGGAGAUGGAAGGUUUAUGACAGACAACCAUACACUAGAGAAAACCUCCUAAGGGCAAUGGAGCUGGCGUGUGUUGACAUCCCAGUGGAGAACUUCCAAGGAUGGAUCCGCCAUUCCAGGGCGUUUUUCCCACGGUGCCUGGCAAGAGACAAUAUAGCCUGUGAUGUGGAUGAGGUGAUGUGGCCUGAUGCAGCUCAGCGACAUGAUGCCGCACAGUGAUUGUGGUGUAAAUACUGUAAAAUGAAUAAAAAAAACUUCACACCCUGAUCAUGUUUUCAA